AUGUCUCCGCGGCACGCGCCGCGGGGACCGCGGGGACCGCGGUCGUCGCGGCCGCUGACGAAGCGCGCCGCGCUCCUGUGCUUCGCGAUCGUCGCGUGCGUCGUGAACCUCCCGAGCGCGUUCCUCGGCGUCGCGACGACGGGGUGGGUCGUGAGCCUCGCGACCGGAGUCGGCGCGGGAGACGCGAGACGAGAUUCGAAGCCGCGCGCCGACGCUUCGACGCGGACGACGACCGCGGCGGACGCGCGCGCGUGCGAGAGCGCGGCGCGGUCGUGCGCGAUCGAACCCUCGUCGUCGCCGCCGCCGCGCGCGAUCGCGCUGGCGCUCCCGGACCCGGACCCGGAGACGCGCAAGCCGCGCAAGUACUCGGCGAACCACUGGUUCCACGUCUGCGAGUUUCAUCUCAGGCGCGUUCUAAACCACGCGAGACUGCGCGUCGCGACCGCGCGCGAGGACGGCGGCGGCGGCAACGCGACCUCGUCCGCGCCCGCGCCCGACGUUAUCAUCCAGGUCGCGUCGCCCGCGUGGACGACGCAGCUCACGCCGAUGACGCGGCUGCUGUUGGCGCUGGCGUACACGGACGGCCGGUCGCGGCGCGUCGCGUUCGCGCCGACCGGGACGAUUGGAUCGGCGGCGGCGGCGGCGUCGACUUCGAAGAGGUCAACAUCCUCCGUGGGAUUGACGUGCGGGUGGGAUCGCGCGAGCUGGCACUUCGACGCGACGCAGCCGCUCGAGGAGCGGUUCGUCGUCGACGCCGGCCCCGCGAGUCGCGGAGAAGACGGAGGAGGCGGCGGCGGCGGCGAGACGACGGCGUGCGAGGCGACGGCGGGCGUCGCCGUCGCCGUCGGCGGCGGCGGCGCGUUCGGCGCGGCCAAGUCCGAGCGCGGGGACUGGGCGCCGACCGCCGCGGACGUGAGAAGCCUCCGCGGGACGCUCGAACGCCUGUGCGGGCUCGACGGGGGGAAGAACGACGACGACGAAGACGACGACGCGAGGCGGAUCUCGGCGGGGGUGGAUGCGUCGGACUCGCGCGUGUACCCGACCGCGGCGCUCGCGGCGGCGCCGUGCAAUUCCGAUCCCACGACGAACUCGAACUCGAACUCGAACUCUCGUCGCCACGCGGUGAUCUACCAGCGGAACGUCGGCAGGGCGCUGAGGGAUCCGGGAGACGUCGCGUCGCGCGUCGGCGCCGCGCUCGGCGACGAUUGGAUCGUCACCGUCGUCACGCACGACGACUUUCUGCCGCCGUGUUUGCUCGCGCGGUGCCUCGGUCGCGCGGAGCUCCUGCUCACGCCGCACGGGUUUCAGAGCAUGCUGUACUUAUUUCUCCCUCCGAGAGCGCUCCUGUACGAGGUGUUCCCGCAUCGGUAUUACAAGCACGGGUACAAGCGCGCCGCGUUGGAAUGGGGGCUGUCGUACGGGUUUACGAUGUCGCCGCCGUCGUCGACGACGGCGAGGGUCAUCGGCCGAACGUUCACGACGAACGCGUGCAUGCAGAUGUAUUACUGCCGGUAUAACGCGCGCAAAGGGAACGUGAGCGUGAGCGACGAGGACGCGAGCGCGAUCGCGCGCGCGGUCGCCGCGGAGCGCGGGCUGAGAGGGCGGCUCUCGACGCCGUGGAAGGUCACCGAGUCAGAUGAGAGGUCUACUAGACCGGAUCCGGCGGCGGACGGCGGCGGGUCGCACGGAGCGGUGAAGGUCACGCGCGCGGACGGCGGCGAGCUCGAGGCGUUCGGCGUAGGAGGCAAGCGCGGGGACGUCACGCGCGCGGCGUGCAUGGCGAAGUGCGCGGCGAAUCACUCGUGCCAGCGGUUCCGGCUGUCGGGCGGCGACUCGGAUACUAAUUCGGCGGUUUCGGAUUCGGACGCGUCUGAGAAUCUCGAGCGCGGGCGGUGCAUGCUGAGGAUAGACGAGUCGCAGGGGGAGAAGGACGGCGACGUCAUCGGCGCGGGGAUCUACAACAACAAGUGUUGGGUUCCCGGCUGUUAAAUCGGAUCCAGAGAGCCAGUCUACGAAUAUCAUAAGCAGCUUAGAUCUAAUGAACGAAGAUAUCUCGU